AUGGACUCUUUACACGUUAUAGAUCAGAGCGCCGAACUAGAUUCUAUAUGCGUAUCCUUCCAGGCUGUUUUCGAUCGACUCCUGAGGACCACACGAGAUGUCAGGAAAGACCCUUUGUUGCGGGUAGCGCAGAAGCCAGAAAUCCCUCGACUCAAAGAAAUCAGCACUCCUGGCGAUGCACAUCCAGUGCAAGACGCAAUCGAGGAUGCAUUCGCUAUCUCCGACUUCCGGCUGCGCAUGAACCAUCCUCGAUGCUUCAGCUUUAUAGGAGACUGUCUUUCCAGCGCUUUCAAUUCCUUUGCUGGGUCAAAGCUGCAAGGUUCGGGUGUGGCUGUCGUUGAACAAACUCUGCUGCAGUGGCUGUCGUCCAAGGUCGGGCUUCCAGAUACUGCUGGGGGUGUUUUUGUCUCUGGAGGCUCUAUGGCGAAUAUGAGCGGUAUGGUUUUGGCAAGAGAGUACAUCUUAGAACCCGGCAGUGAGGACCUCGGUGUUGCAUAUCUCUCGGAUCAGACACAUCAUUCCGUCGCGAAAGCGCUUCGCAUCAUUGGUAUCAAGCGUAACCAAGUACGUGUGGUUGCGACAGAUUCGUCUUACCAAAUGGAUGUCACAGCACUCAGAAAGGCUAUCAAAGACGACCGCGAUGCAGGACUCAAGCCGUUUGUUAUCGUAGGUACUUGUGGGACAACAAACACUGGAAUUAUCGAUCCGCUGGCAGACCUAGCCCAGGUGCGUGAUGACGAGAGGAUGUGGCUUCAUAUCGAUGGAGCAUACGGUGCUUCAGCUUCACUCGGCACAACACGAAACUCAUUGUUCCAAACGUACAGCUGCAGCCUCAUCCUCGUGAGGAACAAGAUCAACUUGACAAGAGUGUUCACCAACGAUGGCGAUUAUCUGCGCGACGCCCUUGAGGAUGAGGACAUUCCCAACUUCUGGAACUUUGGCAUGGAACUGACACGGCCCCUCGCGCGCAAUGAAACUGUGGUUCACGCUGCGAGUUCUGGGCGUGGAGAGACUUGGACAGAUGAUUGA